AUUCACGACUCUCUCUCUCUCUCUCUCUCUCUCUCUCUCUCUCUCUACACCGUCCACAGCAACUCCCAGUGGUAGCUUUCCUCUUCGCCCGAUCGAUCCUCCGCCGAUCGCCGCCGCCGCCGCCGCCGCCGCCAUGACUCUCAGCAGCAUCCCGUUGGCUACUGCGGAUCUUCAAAUCGCCGCCGGAGGGAGGAGGAACUCCACGCUGCUGUGUUCGCCGGUAAUGGGGGAGUCGGUCGAUCAGAUGCUGAGCCAGAUAAGGAAAGCGAAGGAGCAAGGCGCCGACCUCGUCGAAGUCCGCUUGGAUUUCUUGAAGAACUUCAGCCCGAAGCAAGAUCUCGAGAUCCUGCUCAAACAGAGCCCAUUGCCCACUCUAGUGACUUACAGACCCAAAUGGGAAGGUGGUCAGUAUGAGGGUGAUGACAGCCGGAGAUUGGAUACAUUGCGGUUAGCGCUGGAAUCAGGAGCUGACUAUGUAGACGUUGAGCUUCAGGUUGCUCAUGAGUUCUUCAGUUCCAUUCACGGGAAGAAGCCUGAAAAGGUCAAAAUCAUAGUUUCUUCUCACAACUAUGAGAAUACGCCAUCAUCCGAGGAACUGGGCAACCUCGUAGCAAGAAUCCAGGCUACUGGCGCUGACAUCGUCAAGAUCGCAACUACUGCUCUUGAUAUUAGUGACUGUGCGCGUAUCUUUCAAGUUCUAGCACAUUCUCAAGUUCCAACUAUCGCAAUUGCUAUGGAGGAGAGGGGUUUGAUUUCACGGAUACUUGCUCCAAAGUUCGGUGGAUUUCUCACAUUCGGUGCAAUUGAAGCCGGAGUAGUUUCAGCUCCUGGACAGCCAUCCAUUAAAGAUCUGUUGGAUUUAUAUAAUUUAAGACAAAUAGGACCUGAUACCAAAGUACAUGGUGUUAUUGGAAAGCCCAUUGGUCACAGCAAGAGUCCUCACCUGUACAAUGCAGCAUUUAAAUCGGUUAAUUUCAAUGGAAUCUAUCUCCCCCUGUUGGUUGACAGUGUGGCAAAUUUCGUCAACGCCUACUCAUCUCCAGAUUUUGUUGGAUACAGUUAUACGAUUCCUCACAAGGAGGAUGGACUUAGAUGCUGUGAUGAGGUCGACCCAAUCGCCAAGGCCAUAGGAGCUAUCAGUCAGAUGAUUAGAAGGCCAACCGACGGGAAGUUGAUCGGAUACAAUGUUGACUAUCUCGGAGCUAUUGCAGCUAUUGAGGAAGCACUUCGAGCUUCAAACGGAGCAAGCCCCACUACUGGUUCCCCCUUGGCUGGAAAGCUAUUUGUUGUCAUUGGAGCUGGUGGUGCUGGAAAAGCACUUGCAUAUGGUGGUAUGGAGAAGGGAGCAAGAGUUGUAGUUGCCAACAGGACUUAUGAAAAAGCGAAAGAACUAGCUAGUAAAGUUGGAGGGCAAGCAAUUACUCUGGCUGAACUCGAGGAUUUUCAUCCGGAAGAUGGAAUGGUCCUUGCAAACACCACAUCGGUUGGGAUGAAGCCAAACGUCGACCUGACACCCUUAUCUAAGAACGCUUUGAGUCGCUAUUGUCUGGUUUUUGAUGCCAUCUACACGCCAAAAUUGACUAGACUUCUCCGAGAAGCUCAAGAGUGUGGAGCAAUUCCCGUCUAUGGAACGGAGAUGUUCAUUAAUCAGGCCUUUGUACAGUUUGAAAGGUUCACGGGGUAUCCUGCACCAAAGCAACUGAUUAGGGAUACAUUGGCGAAGAAUACAUGAAAAGUUUAGUCAGGUCAAGCUCUAGUUGCAGCCGAAUUCUAGUCCGUCUUCUGGGACAAAUUCCUUUCAAGUUCUGGAUUGUGCUAUCAUCUGUUAAUCUAUUUUGUUGUACUAAUAAAAAUUUCCCCCCUUUGUUGAAGUCAAAAGUUCCUAGCUAGAUACUUCAUUAGCAUCAGAGAAAAUCAGAAUGAAGCAUCAGAUUGACAAAAAGAGAGUGCGUCGUUUUAUGCCUAUCCGGUAUUGGAAAUUUUAGUAUCCAGGAGAAAUUGUUAUGUGAAGAUGUCUUCUAGUGAAGAUUUUAUGUGGCUAUAGUAUGACUUGCUUUAAUC